CGUGUGUGUGUGUGACUGUGUGUGUGUAUUUGGGCAGGGCUGCAGUGAAGCGCAGCUGAUGUGUGUGAUUCUCUGUCAGACGCGCUUGUAUUGCUGAUCUUCAUGAGCAUCGGUCAAAAUCGGCGAGAUAAUUUGAGCCUAUGAUUUCAUCCAUACGUGUUCAUGCCGGAACCGCCUUUAUCGUUUAUUCAUUCGCGGAGACAGACCGCAGAGAUUUGCUCCAGGACUGACAUUAUGCGCUCGGUUACCGGGGGGUGCUGAUGCUGACAUUCCCAUCUUCCUCCAUCCAUCUAAUUUACGCUCGUUUAUUAGACCUUCAGCCAUCAUGUCCAUGAAAUCAAAGACCGGUGAGUCGGUGAAGGUGGUGGUCCGGUGUCGCCCGCUCAACCGUAAAGAAGAAUCGUCGGGUUAUGAGAAUAUCGUGCAGAUGGACGUGAAACUGGGCCAGGUGGCCCUGCGGAACGCCAAGGCGGGUCCCGGAGAUCUGCUCAAAACCUUCACGUUUGAUGCGGUUUACGACGAGUGCUCCAAACAGGGCGACCUGUAUGACGAAACAGUGCGGCCGCUCAUAGACUCGGUGCUCCGCGGAUUUAACGGCACCAUCUUCGCGUACGGACAGACGGGAACCGGGAAGACGUACACCAUGCAGGGCCAAUGGCUGGACGCCGAGCGCCGCGGCAUCAUCCCGAACUCCUUCGAGCACAUCUUCACGCACAUCUCGCGCUCGCAGAACCAGCAGUACCUGGUCCGGGCCUCCUAUCUGGAGAUCUACCAGGAGGAGAUCCGCGACCUGCUCACCAAAGACCACAGCAAGAAGCUGGAGCUGAAGGAGAGCGCAGACUCAGGGGUGUACAUCAAAGAUCUGUCCUCCUUCGUCACCAAGAACGUGAAGGAGAUCGAGCAUGUGAUGAAUGUGGGCAACCAGACCAGAUCUGUGGGCUUCACCAACAUGAACGAGCACAGCUCGCGCUCUCACGCCAUCUUCAUCAUCACUGUGGAGUGCAGCCAGCUCGGACCUGACGGACAAAACCACAUCCGAGUGGGAAAACUCAACCUGGUUGAUCUGGCAGGCAGUGAGAGGCAAACCAAAACAGGCGUCCAGGGUGAACGUCUAAAGGAGGCCACCAAAAUCAACCUGUCCCUUUCUGCUCUAGGAAAUGUAAUCUCUGCUUUGGUGGAUGGGCGAAGCUCUCACGUUCCCUACCGAGACUCCAAACUCACCCGGUUGCUCCAAGACUCGUUAGGUGGAAACGCAAAAACCAUCAUGGUGGCCACUUUAGGACCAGCCUCAUACAAUUACGAGGAAACCCUCACCACCCUGCGGUAUGCGAACCGCGCUAAAAACAUCAAGAACAAGCCACGUGUCAAUGAAGACCCCAAAGACGCACUCUUGAGGGAGUUCCAGGAGGAGAUCGCCAGACUCAAAGCCCAGCUGGAUAAACGUGGCAUGCUCACCAAGAGAAAAAGGAGGAGCAGGAGGCUGAGGAAGAUUGGCGAGGAAGAGGUGGAAGAGGAAGAUGAUCUUGAAGACUAUGAUGACGAGGAAAUUGUGGAGAAGGAGGCGCAGGAGUAUAUGAAGGAGCAGCAGGAGGAGCUGGAGCGGGAGAAGGAGGCCAUCAGAGACGACCAUUCACUGGUGGCGGAGGAGAAGCAGAGACUCCUGGAGGAGAAGGAGAGGAUGAUGAGACACCUGAAGAAGGAGCAGGAGGCCACAGAAAUGCUCACAGCCAAAUUUAAGGCGAUGGAAAGCAAGCUGCUGGUUGGUGGGAAAAACAUUAUCGAUCACACUAAUGAACAACAGAAGAUGCUUGAACAGAAAAGACACGAGAUCGCUGAACAGACGCGCAGAGAGAGAGAAAUACAGCAGCAGCUGCUGGAUCAGGAUGAAGAGACAUUAGAGCUCAGAGAAACGUUUUCCUCACUGCAGCAGGAAGUGGAAGCCAAGACCAAGAAACUCAAAAAGCUGUAUGCGAAGCUCCAGUCUCUGAAGGCUGACAUUCAGGAUGUGAAUGAUGAACAUGUGAGGAGCCGACAGGACCUCGAGCAAACACAGAAUGAACUGACCAGAGAACUCAAAUUUAAAUAUUUGAUUAUAGAGAACUUUAUACCUCCCGAAGAGAAGAAUAAAAUCAUGAACAGACUGGAGUUCGAUGCGGAGGAAGAUCAGUGGAAGUUUCAGCCUCUUGUCCCGGCAGAGAAUAAAUUCACUCAGAUGAAGAGAAGACCCGCCUCCGCUGUAGGGUACAAGCGGCCAAUCAGCCAGUACGCCAGGGUUGCCAUGGCGAUGGGGGCUCAUUCCAGAUACAGGGCGGAGAAUAUCAUGCUCCUGGAACUGGACAUGACUCCACCUGUGGUGUUUCAGCUGGAGCUCCAGAAAUCAGGAUCAGAGGAGGAGCCGUCCAGAGACGUUCUGCUGGACAACAACAGUUACAGAGAGAAAUCUGCUGCCGGACGGGUCAGAAAAUCACAGUCAUGGUGCCAGUCUCAGCAGGUCAUGCCCACCUCAAGCUCCGCCCUUUCUCUGGCAUCCUCAGGGUCCCUCAGCCUGCCACACCCACAAAACAUCCCCAUGGCAACAGCCCAGGAAUGAAACUCGAAACUACCAUAAUCCCCCCACCCCCCACCCUUAAAACUUAAUCAAUCCUAACAGAUGACGGAAACAGACCAAAAACCGUCUCCAUAAAACAAGACGAAACCUGCUCGCGAUCUGAACAGACAGCAAAAGCAGGACUAGACCCAUUCCAACUCAUCAGGACCAAUAUUAGUGGAAUUAUUCUCUCUUGCUCUUUGCUCCUCAGGACAGUGAAGAAGACACUGCCAUCGAAUAACAUCGCCUCAUUCGACAACCUGAGGCUUUUUCCAGUCGUUUUUGCUGCUUCCAAAAAUGGUCAGUGUUUACUUACUGAUCGACACACACCUCGAAUGAUGGAGGCCAAACGGACGGGGUUUGUGUUCAUCCGCCCUGAAAGAGCUGAGCAAGAGGGACGCGUCUCUUUCUAUCUGCAUGUCUUAAUGUAUGUGUGUGUCUUUGUGAUUCUGAUCAGGGUUUGGAACGGUCGGCUGGAGGAAAGAUCUACAGGGUUCCCACUGGGCUCAUGGAGAAACCUGCGGUUGAAGUCUAAAUGAUUCGCCCUCCUGUGAAUUUUUUCAAAUAUUUCCCAGAUGUGUUAAGCAGAGUAAGAAAUAUCUCACGUUAUUUCAUAUAAUAUUUUUUCAUUUAGAGAAAGUCUUAUUUGUUUUAUUUCGGCUAUGAUAGAUGCAGUU